UAGGAGUUAAUUAUCAAAGAUGAAACCAGAAUCCUAACAGAAAAUCAUCAUCCAAGCCAACGACUCCAACGAAAAAGACCGCCCCCAAUGGGGUUCCUCACCUUCGCCGUCGCAGGCGGCGCCCUCAUCCUCGCCGGCUCACUCGAAGCCAUCGCUUCCUCCGCCACAAUUCCAUCUCCAUCUCCACCUACAACUCCCCCUCAAUCAAAACCCCAAACGACGCAGUCAAAAUCGUCGUUCAUCUACUUCCUCUUCACCUCCCUCCUCUCCUUGCUCUUCAUCCUCAACUCCCUCCUCUCCCUCUCCGACGCCGCCACCUCCAACGACCGCGUCGGGUCGGCCCAGCAGCUCCAAGUCGCCGCGAUCGCAGCUCUCUUCCUCCUCUACUCCUUCACCGGCCUCCUCUCCUCCCUCACCGCCGCUCCCUUCCCUCCCUCCCUCCUCAACCUCAUCGGACUCUUCGCCUUCACCGAGGAGUUCAUGUACUUCUACCUCCAGAGAAAAGACACCGUCGGAAUCGAGAAUCGCUACUUUGAUCUCCUCCUGGUGCCGAUUCUGGUCUGCGUGGUCUCCACGCUCCUUGAGAUUCACAACCCUGAAUCGGUGUUCCCCAAAUUGGGCCGCGGAGUGGGCCUGGUGCUGCAGGGGCUGUGGUUUUUACAAAUGGGGGUGUCGAUUUAUACGCAGUGGAUGGCGCGUGGGUGUUGGAUGAAGGAGAGGAGUAGGGGGAACUAUACGGUGAAAUGUAAGGGGCAUUCGGAGUAUCAUAGAGCUAGGGCCAUCGCGACGCUUCAGUUUAACUGCCAUUUGGCUCUGAUUGUGGUGUUGGUUGUGGGAGUGUAUUCGGUUGUGGUGAGGAGGAUUGGGGGUGAUUUUUCGAGGUAUAAGCCGCUCGGGGCGGAAAUGCAGCGGCAGGUUGAGAGUCAGGGGCGGUUUACUUUGGAUUCCGAUGAUGAUGGUGAGGAGGAGGGUAGAGGAGAGGGCAAUGUGGAUGGGAAUAAGGCCGGCGGGGAAGUGGAAUUGGGUGUGAAUGGUUAUGGUGCUCAUUGAGGAGAUAAAGUCUCGCCAGUUUUGAUGUAGUGAAUGUAAAACUCCCACAUUGUUUGAUUGUUCUGUUUUUAUGUGUUUCGUACUAGUGAGUUGGAUGUUCUAGUUUGCAGCUUAGUUCGAUGUGAUGCAUCGGUCGGUUGUACAUUUAGUUUCUUACAUUGACUUCAGGAAUGGCAUUCCCCUUUGUUGUUGUUGUUGUAUGGGUUGGAUAUUGAUAAUCAGUAGCUUUUCUUUAUAGUUGAAGCUUAUGGAGUGAUUUGGAUGAUUGUUGAUACUUGAAUAGAGGUUGUGUUUCUUCAAUUCUUCGUUUUUUUAUAGCUUUAUGUUAAAUGUGUCAA